CGCUGCGCUCUGGGUUCUACAGGAAAGGAGUUCAGUGGCUGGAGCAUAUGGGCCGGACCGUUACUAGGUGGGGUUUAGUCGUGUAUAAAUACACAACCUUCUGCACCAAAACGCCCCUGGAACCACUCUGAAAUUAUCUUCCCCCAUCUGAGAACACUCGACGCAACCAUCAGCUCAACAUGUCUUUCAUUCAAGCCUUCAUGCAGCAAGCCGUCUACAUCGGCAUGGCUGAUGAAUCCACCCUGAAGAAUGAAGGAACAGUGACAGCAGCAGCUAAUUUCAACCCUGGUGCAGAUGUCACUGUGUUGGAUAAGGCCAUCAAGGCAAAAGGAGUGGAUGAGAAUACCAUCAUCGAAGUUCUGGUCAAAAGGAGCAAUGAUCAGAGACAGCAGAUCAAAGAGGCUUACCUCAAGGCCACAGGCAAGCCUUUGGAAACAGCACUGAAAAAUGCUCUGAAGGGAGAUCUGGAGGAUGUGGUGCUGGCUCUGCUGAAAACACCGGCCCAGUACGACGCCCAGCAGCUGAAACAGGCAAUGAAGGGUCUUGGAACAGAUGAGGACACUCUUAUAGAGAUCCUGGCCUCCAGAAACAACAAGCAGAUCCUGGAACUGAAGAAAGCCUACAAGGAAGAUUACAAGAAGGAUCUGGAGGAGGACAUCAGGUCUGACACCAGCGGGGACUUCAGAAAUGCCCUCAUGGCUCUCUGCAAGGCUGGCAGGACUGAAGGAGUGAAUGAGCAGCUGAUUGACAGCGAUGCCAGGGCUCUGUAUGAAGCCGGGGAGGGCAGGAAGGGCACAGACGCCUCCGUUUUCAUUGAAAUCCUGACCACCAGGAGCGCUGCUCAUCUUCGCAAAGUAUUUGACCGCUACUCAAAAUACAGCAAAGUGGACAUGGCCAAAGCGAUCGACUUGGAGAUGAAGGGAGAUAUAGAAAACUGUCUCACAGCAAUUGUGAAAUGUGCUGGAAGCAGGCCUGCAUACUUUGCAGAAAGGCUCUACUUGGCCAUGAAGGGUAAAGGUACCCGUAAACACAUCCUGACACGCAUCAUGGUGAGCCGCUCUGAGAUCGAUAUGAAGCGAAUCAAGGAUGAGUACAAGAAAACCUACGGAAAAACGCUCUACCAGGAAAUUCUGGAUGACACUAAAGGAGACUAUGAGACGAUCCUGCUCGCUCUUUGUGGGGGUGAAAACUAAACGUCUUUUACUGGGAUCAAGUUCAAAAGCCAAAGGUUUUCCAUAUUGUGCCUUUUUGUAUUGUGGAGAACUGAGGAGCGACUUUGUUUGGGACCACCAAAGCCUUUAGCCAAGAGCAAAUAUUAAGUUGAUGCUGCUUCAGCAAACGUAUUCCCCCCUAGGAAUUAAGUUUUGAUCUGAAAUAUUUGAGAAUAGAUCUUACAAGAACAUACCACUGGAUCUAUGGUCUCAAAUGUUUUAGCUUUGCCUUUUUCAUUUGAAGCUCAAGUCAGGCUGCAGUGUAGCUGAUAUAUACAGAUCAUCACAAGUCAUUUUUUAGUGGUAGUAAUACUUUUGAAGGAGCUUUGAUAUCUGCAAAUAAAGCUUUUUUUUAAUGAAAA